AGCCAGAAAAAAGGCAUUCACUUAUUCAAGUAGCAUAUAAGUGGGAGAAUAAACAAUUCACAAGUAAUACAUUUUACUUUUUGGAAUGUAAAAAGGAAUGCUAGGAAAAGUUCUUUUAGCUACUAACUGGGUUGUGAAGUGAUUUUCAGAUUUUAUUUGCUUUAUAGAGUGAAUUGCCUCAUUGUAAAAUAAUAGAUUUUUUUUUUCUUUUCCAACCCUCCAUACCUUUCCUUCUCUAACACUAGAACAGUUUUUAGCAUUAUGAAAGCACUUUUUGUAGGAAUUGAAGGUAUUGAAUUUCUGGCUAGAAUGCAAAAUAGUUCAAUAUCCAUUAAUGCAGCGUGUUUAUCAUUUCUCAGGAGACUUAGGGCCCUGAUUUGGCUGAAGAUUCUUGAAAUAAGGGGUUACAUUUUCCUUGGAUAUAUGAGAAUGAUUUCUCUAUGGAAUGACUUGAAAAUGAGAGAAGAGUGAAAUUUAUUCUGAAGACUUUUGAAUGAUUUUAACCACAAUAAAUCUGAGAUUCGAGCCCAGCUUAUUGAACAACUGAAAUGUCUUGACCAGCAAUGUGAACUGAGAGUCCAACUACUCCAGGAUUUGCAGGAUUUUUUUCGCAAGAAAGCUGAAAUUGAAAUGGAUUACUCCAGGAACUUGGAGAAGCUGGCUGAACGAUUUCUGGCAAAAACAAGGAGCACCAAAGACCAGCAAUUCAAGAAGGAUCAAAAUGUUCUUUCUCCGGUCAAUUGCUGGAACCUCCUCUUAAAUCAGGUGAAGAGAGAGAGCAGGGACCACACUACUUUGAGUGACAUCUAUCUGAACAAUAUAAUCCCUCGGUUUGUUCAAGUCAGUGAAGACUCUGGACGACUUUUCAAAAAGAGUAAAGAAGUUGGACAGCAACUCCAAGAAGACCUGAUGAAAGUCCUGAAUGAGCUCUACACGGUAAUGAAGACCUACCAUAUGUACAAUGCUGACAGCAUCAGUGCCCAAAGCAAGCUGAAAGAGGCAGAGAAGCAAGAAGAAAAACAGAUUGGUAAGUCUGUGAAGCAGGAGGAAAAGCAAACUCCACGCUCCCCUGAUUCAGCCUCCAGUGUCAAGUUUGAAGAAAAGCAUGUCCGACGGAGCUCAGUCAAGAAGAUUGAGAAAAUGAAAGAGAAGCGCCAAGCAAAAUACACAGAAAAUAAACUGAAGGCUAUUAAGGCAAGAAAUGAAUAUCUGUUGGCUCUGGAAGCCACCAAUGCAUCUGUAUUCAAGUAUUAUAUCCAUGACCUGUCAGACCUCAUUGAUCAGUGCUGUGACUUAGGAUAUCAUGCCAGCCUUGGUAGGGCACUUAGAACAUUCCUAUCAGCAGAGCUGAAUCUAGAACAAUCAAAGCAUGAAGGCCUGGAUGCCAUUGAGAAUGCCGUUGAAAAUCUGGAUGCCAACAGUGACAAGCAGCGUCUGAUGGAAAUGUGUAACAGUGUUUUCUGCCCACCCAUGAAGUUUGAGUUUCAGCCCCACAUGGGUGACAUGGUAUUCCAGCUUUGUGCCCAGCAACCAGUGCAGAGUGAGUUGGUACAAAGAUGUCAGCAGCUGCAAUCUAGGCUAUCCACUCUGAAGAUUGAAAAUGAAGAGGUUAAAAAAACAAUGGAAGCCACACUACAGACUAUUCAAGAUAUUGUCACUAUUGAAGAUUUUGAUGUAUCCGAUUGCUUCCAGUAUAGCAAUUCUAUGGAGUCUGUAAAAUCCACAGUUUCUGAAACCUUCAUGAGUAAGCCAAGCAUUGCCAAGAGACGGGCCAAUCAACAGGAGACUGAACAGUUCUACUUCACAGUAAGAGCCCUGAAUUUUCAUCAUCUUUCAUGUGUUAAAACAGUAAUAUUUUAGAGAUGGAAUAUAUUCAAAGUUCAGUCAAAUGAAUUUGGCUGGUGAGAAAAAAAAAUCUAAAGCUGGUAAUACUGAAUUUUCCAAUUUUGCUGAAAUCAAUAUUUUUAAAUAUAUUCAAAGAUUAUUUUGAUACAUAUUUUCUUAAAACUUUACUAAAAACUGGUAAAAUUCCAUGCCUAAUUUAGAUAGUACAACAGAGCAAAUGAAAGCAAUCAUCAGCAGGCUUCUAGAAAAAAAAAUGCACAUGCAGUUGAGUAUAAUGGAAACAUUUCUUCUUAAUUCUGUACUUAAAGUUCUGAAUGACUGGAUGUUUACUAAAGAAAAUGUGUGUCUAUCGUAUUCCACUGGAAUUGUCUACAUUCAAAGACAGGGUAGAGUUCCACAAGGAACUCAGGACCUGCAGGGGAGGCUGUGCUGGGCCCAUCUUCUAAGACAACUUGGAUUGAGGCAGCCAGAUAUUAAUUAAAUCCAGUGCUUUUUUUGUUUAAAAAAAA